AAUAAUAUAAAUACAAAGUCAAAAUAUUAAACAAUCAAUCAAAAUAAACUGCAUAUGCUGGAACUAACCAAAUAGUUUAUAAGCGCAUGACAGCUAUUUGUACAAAAACCUAACUAUAAUCAACAUAUAUAACAUGUCCAUGUCUAACACUGCAGCGAAAAACAUCCCACAACCAACUAAAACGCUUCUAAGCCGUUGCGGCACACUGCUACUUAAGCUUAGCUUUCGCACGCAUCUACUUAUAUCUAUAGCACUGCGUCUGCUGCUUAUCACCUACGGCCAUUGGCAUGACGCGCACUCGGAGGUGCCCUACACUGACAUCGACUACAAAGUGGUCACUGAUGGUGCGCGGCAUGUGCUGCAAGACGGCAGCCCUUUCAACCGACACACCUACCGCUACAGUCCCAUUUUGGCAUACAUGCAGCUGCCCAAUGUGCUGCUACAUCCAGCCGUCGGCAAAGUCAUCUAUGCUGCAUUCGAUAUAUUUGUGGCGAUAUUGAUUUACUUGCUUGUGCGCCUGCAAUUACAAGUGCAAUGCCGCAAAGCGGUGCAUGCAUUGCUGAGUAAGUUUGGCAAAAUCAGAUCGGCGCAGCAGUACAAUGAAACCGAUGCACGCAAUCGUCCGGAGAAUAUUGCACGUGCCAGCGCUUGCUUUUGGCUCUACAAUCCACUAACGGCGAUCAUAUCGACACGCGGUAACGGUGAUAGCUUCUCCAGCUUCUUUGUCAUCUUAACUGUCUAUUUGCUCGUAAAAUCCGAGGAUACGGAACGCGGCGCGAACUGGCUAAUAUUCGCCGCCGGCCUCACACAUGGCUUCGCCAUACAUUUACGCCUCUAUCCGUUGCUCUUCAGUCUCGCCUACUAUCUUUGCUUGUCGACGAGCCUAACACGCAGCGCACGCGAUCUGCUGCGACAAAUUUUAUUUCCCUCAUGCCGCCAAAUGUUAUUAGUUGUGGGAACGUGUAUUGCGCUCUUCACGGUUACCGGGUUCUUCUAUACGCUCUACGGUUGGCAGUAUAUACACGAAUCGUAUUUGUAUCAUUUUGUGCGACGCGAUGUGCGACAUAACUUUUCGCUCUACUUCCUACUGCAAUACCUAAGUGGCAAUGCAACGGAAACAUCGCUGCUGGAGAAGCUGCUCAUAUUGGCACCACAACUAGGCUUAUUGCUCUAUUUAAGCUUCAGUUUUGGACAGUUUCGUCAGACGCUCACAUUCUGUGUGUUUGCGUUGGCCUUCGUUAUGGUCACUUUCAAUUCGGUGGUGACGUCGCAAUACUUCGUUUGGUAUUUGGCGCUGCUGCCGCUUUGCCUCAAUAACUUACAAGCGAUUUCGCUGGCGCGUGCUGUCAUCUACUUCGGUACAUGGUUGUUAGGGCAAGCGUUAUGGUUGCUGCCCGCCUAUCUGUUGGAAUUCAAGACCUGGAACACAUUCUAUUGGAUUGGCGCGCAAGGUGUUUUAUUCUUCUUAAUCAACAGUUAUCUGCUAAUGCGUCUGAUUGAACACUACAGCUUUACAUCCUUUAAGGUGAACUUUAAAAAACUCUUUUAAAUUUACAUAUAUACAUACAUAUAGUACUAAACACACACACUCACAUGGACACUUGAAUACUUGCACUUUGA